CAGCCUCUUGAAUAGCUAGGAUUACAGGUGUGGGCUACCAAUAUCCAGCCAGGUGAGCUGCAUUUCAUACACUUGAGCUGGUGGGAGCCUUACACCUUGGACCAUAUGGCCCACUUAUUGGUUUCCUGAGAGGUCAGUAAGAGGCUCAGUUGUGUCUUCUGUUAAGCCCCGCGGAGCAGGUGUUGCCCAUGCUGCAGUAUGUGCAGAAGCGGGGAAACUCGACUGUGUACGAAUGGAGGACGGGGAAAGAGCCCUCUGUGGUGGAGCGGCCACACCUUGAGGAGCCUCCCGAGCAAGUGGAAGAAGAUGAGAUUGACUGGGGUGACUUUGGGGCAGAGGCAGCUUCCAGCCCCAACAUCUCUACUGAGGCUACUGGAAUCGACUGGGGCAUCUCCCUGGAGUCAGAGUCAAAGGACCUUGGGAGUGAUGGGAUAGACUGGGGAGACGAUGCCACUGGUUUACAGAUCACAGUGCUGGAGGCAGGAACUGAAGCUCCAGAAGGUGUUGCUAGAGGCACAGACGCUCUGACACUUCUUGAAUAUCCUGAGACCCGGAAUCAGUUCAUUGAUGAGCUCAUGGAGCUCGAGAUCUUCUUGUCUCAGAGAGCAGUAGAGAUGAGCGAGGAGGCCGACAUCCUGUCUGUGAGCCAGUUUCAGCUGGCUCCUGCCAUCCUGCAGGGCCAAACCAAAGAGAAGAUGGUUAAUAUGGUGUCCACGCUACAGGAGCUCAUUGGCCGGCUCACCAGUCUUCGAAUGCAACACCUGUUUAUGAUUCUGGCCUCACCAAGGUAUGUGGACCGCGUGACAGAGUUCCUCCAGCAAAAGCUGAAGCAGUCGCAGCUGUUGGCUUUGAAGAAAGAGCUGAUGGUACAGAAGCAGCAGGGUGCCCUUGAGGAGCAGGCGGCUCUGGAGCCCAAGCUGGACCUGCUGCUGGAGAAGACCAAGGAACUACAGAAGCUGCAACUGUUUUUCAGAUCGAAGCUGACAUCUCUAAGAGGUACGGCGGGCGCCCCGUGAACCUGAUGGGGACUUUUCUGUGACAUACUCUCUCGGUGUCUCACCUGCCCAUCUUCCCAGCAUUGAAAUGGCAGCAGAGCCAGGGCUGAUUGUGGUGGAUCCUUCCCAGCAAGAAACCAGACUGACUGGAAGAUUGAGAGCUCUGGGAAGGAACUACCAUCAGAUGGUGGCCUCAACACUCUCGUGGCUCACUGCAAACAGCAGUCUUGACUGGCCUCGUGGCUUACCAGCCUGGAACCACAGCUGCUUCUAGCUAGUUGAACUGGACUUAAUAAAAGGGAGAGACUCUUGG